GAGCUAGCAGACCUCGGAGCUACAGGAUGAAUGCAGGCUCGGACCCCGUCGUCAUCAUCUCAGCGGCGCGGACCGCCAUAGGUUCCUUCAAUGGUGCCCUGUCCACCGUGCCUGUCCACAACCUGGGGACAACUGUUAUCAAAGAAGUCCUUCAGAGAGCCAAAGUGGCUCCAGAAGAGGUGUCCGAGGUCAUAUUUGGACACGUUUUGACUGCAGGCUGUGGGCAGAAUCCUACUCGACAAGCCAGUGUGGGUGCGGGGAUCCCCUACUCGGUGCCAGCAUGGAGCUGCCAGAUGAUCUGUGGCUCGGGCCUAAAAGCCGUGUGCCUUGCAGCUCAGUCCAUAGCCAUGGGUGACUCCACCAUCGUGGUUGCUGGAGGCAUGGAGAACAUGAGCAAGGCCCCUCACUUGGCUCACCUGAGAUCAGGAGUGAAGAUGGGUGAGGUGCCACUCGCCGACAGCAUCCUCUGUGAUGGCCUCACAGAUGCGUUUCACAACUACCACAUGGGCAUCACAGCUGAAAACGUAGCCAAAAAAUGGCAAGUGAGCAGAGAGGCCCAGGACAAGGUUGCUGUUGUGUCCCAGAAUAGGGCGGAGCAUGCGCAGAAAGCUGGCCACUUUGACAAGGAGAUUGUGCCAGUGCACGUGUCUUCUAGAAAAGGUCUUACUGAAGUGAAAAUCGAUGAGUUUCCUCGUCAUGGGAGUAACCUUGAAGCCAUGAGCAAGCUGAAGCCUUACUUUCUUACUGAUGGGACUGGAACGGUCACCCCAGCGAAUGCAUCAGGAAUGAACGAUGGUGCUGCUGCUGUGGUUCUUAUGAAGAAGACGGAAGCUGAGAGUCGGAUGCUGAAACCUUUAGCACAAGUGGUCUCCUGGUCACAAGCCGGUGUGGAGCCUUCUGUCAUGGGAGUAGGACCGAUUCCAGCCAUAAAGCAAGCUGUUGCAAAGGCAGGCUGGUCCCUGGAGGAUGUUGACGUGUUUGAAAUCAAUGAAGCCUUUGCAGCAGUGUCUGCAGCAAUAGCUAAAGAACUUGGAUUAAGCCCCGAGAAGGUGAACAUCGAUGGAGGAGCCAUUGCCUUGGGACAUCCUCUGGGAGCAUCUGGCUGUAGGAUUCUAGUGACCUUGUUACACACCCUGGAGAGAGUGGGUGGGACUCGUGGUGUUGCAGCCCUGUGCAUUGGGGGUGGUAUGGGGAUCGCAAUGUGUGUUCAGAGAGGGUGAGCCACCACCCUUACAGUUCUCAUUAAAACACUAAACAGAAUGUGAGACCAGAGGACCAACCUGAGGACAGGAACCCAGGUCGACAGCUUGCUGUACUUUAGUGUGAGACACCCAAGGCUAAGACGUUGAGACAUUGCACUUGACACUGUUAUAAAACAGGGAAAUCCAGUCAGUCAUCAAGGGCUCCAGAGUGAACGACAGUUUCAUAAUUUCCAUGUUUAUUGUCUUUGCUUUCUGGGUAUAAUUUUCUCUGAUCAUUGAUUUGUUUGUUUGUUUGUUUUUGAGUCAGGGUCUCACCAUAUAGCCUGAAAAUCGUUUUGUAGAUGAGCUUGGCUUCAAUUCCCAGAGAUCCACCUUUCUGUGCCUCCUGAGUACUUGAAUUAAAGACAUGCACCGUUAUGCACGGCCCCCAAUAUGAUCCAUUCAAGGAAUGGGGAUGUGGCUUCUGGUUUGAACUUCAGGCUCUUCGCUCAAACACCCCUGCUUGCUUGUUGUCUUGUGGUUUCCCAUUGAUCAAAUCAAGACCAAUCCUGUAAUGGAAAUUGGAUUCAGUGACCUCUUCUAAGCUGAGGUGGUGGGGUAGGUAUUCUAGCUAUUCUAGUCAGAAGAUUGGCCGUUCCAACAAGUGUGCCUCUGGGUUGUUAGAAAGUGAGCAGCAAGCGCCUUCAGUGCAUUUAUUUCUCUGCUUGACCAGACAGGAUGGUACUUGCUUCAAACGUCUACCUUGACUUCCCCAAAAUGAUGAACUGUAACUGGAAUUGAAAGCCAAAUAAACUCUUCCCUCCCUUGCA